AUGCCUGAGAAGAACACUCUGCUUUCGAACAAGACCCACAAAAUGGACGAUAUGGGCUUGAUGAUGAAGGACAUAAAGCCCAGCAAUAUACUCAUGAAACGAUUCCUCAAGAGCGAGAUCUCCGCUGUCGAUGAAACCGAUGAGGAAGAAGAAGAAACCGACUGUGAUAACGAAACUAAAGAACCUAAAGACCACAAAGAACAACCCUUAGACCAUAGGAUAUCCCCCGCUGGGUCGCUGCGGAAGCAUUCCAGGAUGGAGUACCAUCCGGACAUCCCGUUGCACAGCUUCAACAACAUCUCGUCUUACCACAGCAGCCCUAAUUUUCGCAGGAACAACAGCGUUCGAUCGCUGAAGAACUACCACCAUUUGAUGACAGAGUUAGGGCACAAGCCACCAAGUAGUGAGUCCGGUAGUCACGUGUCCAAAAAUCCCUCAGAGGCAGCUUCUUUGAGGUCUUGGGCCUCGGUAGGGAUGGGAUCUACUGAUGGGAAGAAGAUGAUUGUCAGAAGGGUGCCGACUUCUCCUGUUGAAUUGUUUAAUAUCGUUAAUCCCCCAACACCACCUGAAGAAUUCAUCUACGAAGAUGACACAGAUGAAGGUACCGAAGAUGAUGAAAACAGUGAAUAUGUCAAACCUAGAAGGCAACACUGGUCCAACAAACUUCAGUUCGUUUUGGCCUGUAUAGGAUAUAGUGUUGGACUGGGAUCUAUCUGGAGAUUUCCCUAUCUCUGUUACAAAAGUGGAGGAGCUGUGUUUCUAAUUCCUUAUGCCAUCAUCAUGAUUUUCAUCGGUGGUCCAAUGCUCUACAUGGAAUUAGCAGUAGGACAAUUUACUGGAAGAGGACCAAUAGGGGCUAUAGGACAUUUAUGCCCUCUGUUCAAAGGUACUGGGCUUGCUAGUGUGGUAAUAUCAUUCAUGAUGUCGACGUACUAUAGCGUGAUCAUAGCAUACGGAAUUUACUAUUUCUUCACUUCGUUUAGAGCUAAACAGCCUUGGGAAGACUGCGGUAACAGAUGGAAUACCAAGUACUGUUGGGUACCAAACCUUAACCAAACCAAACCACAGUAUAGCCAUACCCCAGCAGAAGAAUUUUAUGACCGAAAAGUUUUGCAGAUCGGAAAAGGCAUUGAAGAUGUGAACUUCAUGCGUUGGGAACUGGUAGCUUGCCUUAUCUGCGCUUGGAUCUUGGUUUACUUUGCCAUCUGGAAAAGCAUCAAAUCUUCAGCCAAAGUUCGAUAUUUCACAGCCACCUUUCCAUUCGUCAUCAUCAUCAUCUUAUUGAUCAAAUCUUUGACCUUGGAGGGUGCAGAUUUGGGCAUGAGGUAUUUCUUCAAGCCCAAGUUUGAGCUACUACUGGAUGCCAAGGUUUGGGUUACAGCGGCAUCUCAAACAUUCAAUUCGAUGGGGUGUGCCUUUGGGUCCAUGAUUUGUUUCGCUAGUUAUAACAAGUUCAACAAUAAUAUUUUGCACGAUACAAUAGCAGUUUGGCUGGUGAAUGGAGUUACUAGUCUGCUAGUAGGGAUUUUUGCAUUUGCCACCAUAGGAAAUAUAGCCACUGAACAAGGAACAUCAGUAGAGGAUGUGAUUGAUGAUGGUCCCGGCCUGAUUUUCGUAGUCUACCCACAAGCGAUGGCCAAAAUGCCUGCUUCGCAACUCUGGGCAGUCUUCUUCUUCUUCAUGUUGAUCUGCCUGUCCUUGAACAGCCAAUUCGCGAUAAUCGAGGUGGUGGUGACGUCUAUUCAAGAUGGUUUCCCCGGAUGGAUCAAGAAGAAUCUGAUGUGCCACGAGGUGUUGGUGUUGAUGAUUUGUGUGGUGUCCUUCAUUUGUGGGAUCCCAAACGUUACACAGGGAGGCAUAUACGUUUUCCAACUGGUAGACCACUACGCAGCAUCCAUCUCAAUCAUGUACCUGGCAUUUUUCGAGGUCAUCGGAGUGGCCUGGUUUUACGGAGCCUGGAGGCUCAGCAAGAACGUCAAAACUAUGACUGGUCGUCAUCCAGGGUUCUUCAUCAAGUUCUGCUGGACGAUAGCUACACCUCUGAUGAUCUUCGCGUUGUGGGUUUUCCUCAUAAUCGACUACGAGCCACCCACGUACAAUAACGGGCAGUACCAUUACCCGCAAUGGGCGAUUUCGAUUGGUUGGGUCGUUGCUUCGAUAUCGAUAUUGUGUAUACCCACUUACAUGGUGGUGGUCAUCCUGAAUUCGCCUGGAGAGAAUUUGAUUGAGAAAUUCAAGAACUCCAUUAGGUCGGACCUACUGGAUAGGUGUCCGAAAUGUGACGAAAUGGACUGCGAUUGCAUGAUAAAGGAAGAUGACACCGGCCAUCUCAUUGUCAUGCGUCCCACAGCCGUAGACAUAAUGGCUGGCGAGAAAGCUACUAUCCCUUUAUUCCCUGUAGCCAGCAGUCCCAAUAUCCAAGCAGGAAAUAACGGCAACAGCACUUGCCCAACGGAAACCCUCAGUCAAUAUGACAACGUCAACGAGAAAUCAAACAGCGGCAAUAACAUAGAUAAAAUAGGUGAAACUGAUUUAAAGAUUUGA